AUGAUCAAUAGAAGUGUUGUGCCAGAUAUCGUCAGUUACAAUUCAUUAAUUUAUGGAUUAUGCAACAUGGCAUGCAAGUCUGGAAAAUGGGAAGAAACUGUGCGGCUAUUUAGAAACUUGAUUGAUUGUGGAGCCUUGCCUAAUAUUGUUACAUUCAAUUCUGUGUUGGAUGCUUUAUGCAAAGAUGGGAAAACAGCGGAGACACUUAAACUUGUGGAAAAAAUGCUCCUUAAGAGGUGUAAAGCCUGA